AUGAUAAUAUCGAAAAGAUAUAACAAAUAGUUUAACCUGAGAUUUUCUAAUUUAAAUCAGGGAAAGGAAUUGAUUAUUUUUUUAUAUAUUACUACAAUUAGAUUUUGUCAUCAAUAAUUUAUUAACUUUUGUAGUUUACAUCUUUUAAUUUAAAAAGAAAAAUAGUAAUCUUUAAUUUCUAAAUUUUCAUCAAUAAUAUCGAUCUACCCAUCUAACUUAGCUUCGAAUUUUCAUCAUAUUUCAAUUUUAAAUUAAAUAAAUUUCUUUUAAUACCAACUGAUUAUAUUUUUGAUUCCUUAAAUGCAUAUUGGAAGACCUUCUUAUCUUUAAAUGUAAAGAUUAACCAUCACUAAUAUAAAAUCAUAUUACAAAUUAGAUAAAAGCUUGAAUAUAUUUUUCAUUUAUAACAUAAUAAGAAAAGACAAUAGAAAUGAAUAAUUUGUAUUUAUCAUAAACACUAAACAUAAUUAAAAUGAGGAAAAUAUAUUUUUGAUAAAAAAUAAAUCUAAGAAAAUGCAAUUUAAAAUUAAAAAUCUUUCUUUGAUACGAUUUUCUUAUUUAUAAAAUUUGUAGAUCAGUCAAUUUAGGUAGAUUUUUUUGAAUAAAAAAACUUCAUCCUAACAAAUUAACUAAAAAAAAAAAUAAAUUUUGAGAACAUCAGAGCAUAUUUGUUUUAAUAGUUAUUUAUCAUUAGCUUCUGUUUUGUUUUCUACUUGUGAUUAGAAUAGAUAUAAACUACUUCUAAUGGAAAUUAGUAAUUGUAAAUACUGA